AGGUGCCCGACCAGUAAGCGAGCGAGGAAGAGGCGGGAGCCGGUGUCCCGGCAUCUUCUAGUAGGUUCCAGAAGGCGGCGCGUGCGGCUGGGAACGCGGAGCGGACGGAUUCGAUUCAACGGGGUUCCGGGCCGGACCAUGGAGCAGGUGAACGAGCUGAAAGAGAAGGGCAACAAGGCCCUGAGCGCAGGCAACAUCGACGAUGCCUUACAGUGCUACUCGGAAGCCAUCAAGCUAGACCCUCAGAACCACGUGCUCUACAGCAACCGGUCUGCGGCCUACGCCAAGAAGGGCGACUACCAGAAGGCUUACGAGGACGGCUGCAGGACUGUCGAGCUCAAGCCUGAUUGGGGCAAGGGCUAUUCCCGCAAAGCGGCUGCGCUCGAGUUCUUAAACCGGUUUGAAGAAGCGAAGCGGACCUAUGAGGAAGGCCUGAAGCAUGAGGCACACAACCCGCAACUCAAGGAGGGCCUGCAAAACAUGGAGGCCCGCCUGGCAGAGAGGAAGUUCAUGAAUCCGUUUAACAUGCCCAACCUCUACCAGAAGUUGGAGAACGACCCCAGGACCAGGCCGCUGCUCAACGACCCCAGCUACCGGGAGCUGAUCGAGCAGCUACGGCACAAGCCAGCCGACCUGGGCACGAAACUGCAAGACCCUCGGAUCAUGACCACCCUCAGUGUCCUGCUUGGUGUGGAUCUGGGCAGCAUGGAUGAGGAAGAGGAGGCGGCCGCCACACCCCCUCCGCCCCCGCCCCCCAAGAAGGAGCCCAAGCCAGAGCCCAUGGAGGAAGACCUCCCGGAGAACAAGAAGCAGGCCCUCAAGGAAAAGGAGUUGGGCAAUGACGCCUACAAGAAGAAAGACUUUGAUACGGCCUUGAAGCACUACGACAAAGCCAAGGAACUGGACCCCACCAACAUGACUUACAUCACCAACCAAGCUGCGGUGUACUUUGAGAAGGGCGACUACAACAAGUGCCGGGAGCUGUGCGAGAAGGCCAUCGACGUGGGCCGCGAGAACCGGGAAGACUACCGACAGAUCGCCAAAGCUUACGCUCGAAUCGGCAAUUCCUACUUCAAGGAGGAGAAGCACAAGGACGCCAUUCACUUCUACAACAAGUCCCUCGCCGAGCACCGCACGCCGGACGUGCUCAAGAAGUGCCAGCAGGCAGAGAAGAUCCUGAAGGAGCAGGAACGGCUGGCCUACAUUAACCCCGACCUUGCCUUGGAGGAGAAGAACAAAGGCAAUGAGUGUUUCCAGAAAGGGGACUACCCCCAGGCCAUGAAGCAUUACACGGAAGCCAUCAAACGGAACCCCCGCGAUGCCAAGUUGUACAGCAAUCGAGCUGCCUGCUACACCAAGCUCCUGGAGUUUCAGCUGGCACUCAAGGACUGCGAGGAAUGCAUCCAGCUGGAGCCGACCUUCAUCAAGGGCUACACACGGAAAGCAGCUGCGCUAGAGGCCAUGAAGGACUACACGAAGGCCAUGGACGUCUACCAGAAGGCAUUGGACCUGGACUCGAGCUGUAAGGAGGCAGCAGACGGCUACCAGCGCUGCAUGAUGGCCCAGUAUAAUCGCCACGAUAGCCCCGAGGACGUGAAACGCCGGGCCAUGGCUGACCCCGAGGUGCAGCAGAUCAUGAGUGACCCAGCCAUGCGGCUCAUCCUGGAGCAGAUGCAGAAGGACCCCCAGGCCCUCAGCGAACACUUGAAGAAUCCCGUCAUUGCACAGAAGAUCCAGAAGCUGAUGGACGUGGGGCUCAUCGCCAUCCGGUGAUGACGUCGGCGUCCCCCCUUCCGUUGUCGCCCUCCUGUGGAAACAGCUGGGACCGUGGCAGGCAACAGGGCGGAGAGGACGGGGGCAGAGAGCAGCUCAUCCAUGUUUGGGCCCACGCGGAAGAGACUCACCACGCGUGUUGCCCACCAGCCGCCGCCUCUGGCCCACCCAGCACACGCAUGGUCUCAACAUCACCGUCCCCGAGUUCGUGUCUCCUUCCCCUGGCCCCAGUUGCUGUCUCAGCUGCUCUCCCAUAGUUGGUUAUUUUUUAUUUGGGGCAGUGGGCAUGUAUGGGGAGGGGAGGGUAUUCUUCCCAGCCUUGGGUCCCAGCUGUCUUCACCUUGUUAACUCCACCAGCCCUUCUCCAAUAAAACAAGCUAGCUGGG